AUGAUGGCAAUGAAUCCGAGAUUUAAUUUUAAAUAGAUAUAAAUUGGACGCCAAUUAAAAUAUAAAUAAAAUAUUAAGUAUUUCUAGAGCAUGAUUCACUUGAAAAUGGAUGAUUAAUAGAAGAAAGGCAGUGAAAUCCAAGAAGUAAUUGAAAUAAAAAUUAUAAAUGAUUCUUUAGAGAAGAUUUAAAAUAGAAUGAAAGAUAUUAUUAAUGUGUGA